GGUGCCCCCUGUCUUGAGACACCUGCUGCUGGCUAGUGGCUGACAUUGAAGACACUGUAUGCCUGUGUUUUCUGUGUGUGUGUACGUGUGUGUGCAUGUGAAUGAGUGACAGAGAGAGAGAGGGGUUGAAGACUGAGCCUGACCCAUGCAUCGCUUCUGCAGCAGAGGAUUACGAUUCUCACAUCUUUGCCUCUGUGACUGAGGAGGGAGGACACACAGGCACGGACAAGCGGGAGAUUUUUAAGGAAUCUCUCGCAGCUCAUGCCCCUGCUCUGCCCCCCUAGGGAUGGGCACCACAGAGGCAACUCUACGCAUGGAGAACAUGGAGGUGAAGGACGAGUGGCAGGAUGAAGACUUCCCCAGGCCACUACCAGAGUACGGAGACAUGGAGUCCUCCUGUGGUCUCACUGACAACAGAACCUCUCCCCCUGACUCCCUCAAUGUGAGCCCAAGCGGGGGAGGUGGAGGUGGGUCCUCGGCCAACCAUAAGCGCCGUACUCUGAUCGCCCCAGAGAUGAACCUGUCGUUGGACCAAAGCGAGGGCUCUUUGUUGUCAGAUGACUUCCUGGAUACACCCGAUGACCUGGACAUUAACGUGGACGACAUUGAUACGCCUGAUGAGACCGACUCGCUGGAGUUCAUCACCAAUGGCAACGACCUGGAGUGGGAAGAUGACACACCGGUGGCCUCGGCUAAAGCAGGUCCUGCUGAUGGUGCAGGAGAGGCGGACGAGGACGGGGCAGGUGGCAACGGCCGCCUCUGGAGGACAGUGAUCAUCGGCGAGCAGGAGCACCGUAUCGACAUGCAGGUCAUCAGACCCUACCUCCGGGUCAUCACACAUGGAGGUUAUUAUGGCGAGGGCCUAAAUGCCAUCAUUGUGUUCUCUGCUUGUUACCUGCCUGACAGCAGCUCUCCAGACUACCACUACAUCAUGGAAAACCUCUUCCUGUACGUGGUGAGCAGUCUGGAGAUGCUGGUGGCUGAAGACUAUCUGAUUAUCUACAUGAAUGGAGCCACCCCGCGGAGCAAGAUGCCUGGGAUCAGCUGGCUCAAAAAGUGCUACCAGAUGAUUGACAGACGAUUGAGGAAGAACUUAAAGUCUCUGGUCAUCGCUCAUCCUACUUGGUUCAUACGCACUGUCUUGGCCAUAUCCAGACCUUUCAUCAGUGUGAAGUUCAUGAAUAAGAUCCAGUACGUCCACAGUUUGGAUGAACUGGCAGAGAUUGUCCCCAUGGAGCAUGUGCAGGUCCCAGAGUGUGUGGUGCAAUUUGACGAGGAGAGGAUUAAAGCUCGGAAAGAGAGGAUGGAGCAGGAGCAGAGACAGCAGCAGGAGCAGCAGCAGCAGCAGUCGGUCCCACAGGUGCCAGUUCCAAAGGCUGAGAGGCCAAAGUCAAUGAUUGCAGAUCAAGGAUUAUGAAAAGGACCCAGACCUUGGUUUAUUCAGCUUAAAGCGUCUGACAGACAUGUGGAGCAUGAAGUAAUUGAUUUAUGCCAGUAAGAAGCAGAGGGCCAGCAUAUCUAAAGAUGCUUCCUUAUUUUAUCAUCAUUCGGCUGAAGAUAAGUGUCAUCAUUUUUCCAUCAAGAUGAUGAAUGUUCCAUCUCAAACUCCGCCAUCAGGAACUCCCCCUCUUUCUCUCCCGGACAGUUUUAUGUUGCAAAUUCAGGACAUGUGACGGAAGGCUCUGCUCCUACUGAUGCACUCCAUGAAUUUACAAGAACUGUCUCGUCAUGGAAACUGUCACUAAAUUCAUCGAUUUGUUAUACCACUGUAACUUAGGAGCUGUGGGAUGGAUUACUUUGAGAUGUUACAUCACCAAGACAAGGCUCUGAGAGGCCAUUAAAUCAAAUGAGUUCCCUCGACGACUGCAGUGUGACACAAAAAUCAACCAGGACAUAAGAAACUGGGUUUAGGAUCCAAAAUAUGGAGAAAAAAAAGCAUUGCUGUUGGGCAAAAACCUUGUAUCUCCAAUUUUGCUAUCUGCCAUGUUUUAAGUUUUAAUUGAAGGAUUACAUGCUCCUCAAAGUGGUUGAGAGAACUCUUCAACCCUCAGGCUUGUGAAUACUUUUUAAAACUUGUUGGAAGAAAUUUUAAGAAACGCAUGCUGGCUGAUGUAACAUCAAAGCUGUUUUUCUGGGUUCCUGGAAAGUGUGCAUGUUGGAGGUACACGGUUUUCAGCAACAGCAAACUGUUCAUGAGUUUGUUGUGAAAGCCUGAAUACUUGGCAGAGCUGCGCAACAUGAAACAUCUCUUAAAAUCUACUAGAAGCUGAAUCGCUUGCUGCUGUUUUCAGUAGCAGGUCGCCCGACCAAACUGGUCUUUAAUGUACUUCACCUUCGCUAUAUUCAUGCUGCUUAGCUGGACAGCGGUCAAAUGUAAAUAAGAAUGCUUUUCCAAUGCAUCAUAUGCCUUGAUCUUUAUUUUUUGCCUCAUAAUUUCUACGUGAUGGGUCUUUUCAAGUUCCCUCUUAUGCUGUACUGAGAUUUUGAAAUCUUUUUGAUUGUCGCCAUGUGCUACUAACCCUCUCUGACCCAGAGACCAUCUAAUGUUGUCUUUUCUGAUCCCGUCUGCUCUGUGACGUUCUAGCUGUGUGUGCCCAUCCAUCUAUAUUAUCAUGUGCCUCCUUCUUCUCAUACACAGACUGUGGGAACACGCACGAUCUCUAGUCGCAUCUUGUGGCCUAACAUUUGGUGUCAACUCUGAUUGUGAAAACAUGUUCCUGCCAUUGACUCUAUUAGAUAUGAAGCCGUCACUGAGAGGAGCGAAAGAACUGAUUACUAUCCAUCUUUUUACACGCAGGUCAAGUUGAUGUAGCUUUGCCUCAUUUUUAUUUUGUGAUCUCAAAGGCUAUGUGCAUUUUGGGGUAGUGGCAUCCUCUCAUUUUUAUGCCGUGCUUUGUUUUCAAGGAACAGACAGAGGAUGUCAGCAUCCUCAUCAUAUUCAAUAUGAGUGUAAACAAAUGCUCUAAUGAGUUAUAAAUUGGGCUCCUUCUAGGGAUUCAUUAAUUUUCUUCCAUGUCUUCCAUCCAUUGAAUAGUCAGUCAACGCAUGGUAGCAGGGAAGGCCGAAGAGUUAGUUUUUUAUUUUUGUAAAGAACUACAUAAUUAUAUUGACUGUGUAAUGUUAUUAUUGUUUUGCACUAUUCGUUGUCACAUGACUUUUCGAUGAUUUCUUAUUGUACAAACUAGCAUAACCAAUGUAAUGUAUCGUUGGGUAGCAUCGCCAUGCAAACACAUCUGUGGUGUAAUAAGUAGGACUCAUGAAAUGCCUAUUUCUGAAGUGCCAUCUCCCUUCUGAUUUCCCUCCGGUUCUUUUGCCUUUUUCUGAAUGUUUAGAAAGCAUUUCGAGCAUUUCAGUGUAUUUUUUUGGUUUCACUCUAUUUUCACUCCGAUGAACCAAACUGGAGCUUUGAUACUUACAUUUACCAUUGUUGCUGGAACAUUCCCGAGUCAAAGCUUGCAAUGGGAAUUUACAAAGAGAAUGGUUCUUUGUGUUAAGGUCCCUCUGUUUUGGGGUUAUCAGCUGUACUGAGUGCCUGUUUCUGAACCAAAUGAUAAACAGUUAACCAAGUGACGGAGUGUGAGGUAUAUCUUUUCAAUUCUUAGUUAUUUUUUGGGCAUGGGUUUAUUACAUUAUGCCCGAUAUCAGUCAGUUAGGUUUCCAGAUAAAUUAUUGACAUGGUAUAUCCAGAAUCCUCUUUCAGCUGUACAUGUUGUCAUUUGGACUACAAAAGCACAAUAUCUAUAUUAUUAUUACGAUGCUAAGAAUGCAAAGACUUGGCUUGCCAUUUGCCUGUUAUAAUGUGUUCAAAACUGUUUUAUUGAUUCAGAUGGGCGAGAUUAUUUGUUAUUCAUAGUUCUGAUGUUCCUUAGAUUGCGAUGGUAGUUUCUGCUUUGUAAAUAUGACUAAAUAAAUUGUUCCAACCAAGUCCA